UUGCCCAGCACAGGAAAAAGGUGGGAUUGUUACGGCUGAAAAUAUCCUUGAUCAUAAGCUCGUCUCUUUCCGGAUUGACUUGAGACAGCAACAACUAUCAAGAGAUCAAUGUUUUUUUCAGUUGAUCCAAGUUUCGUUUCGUUGUGGCGUUUAUUUCACAGCCGAGGAGGAACAAACACGAAAGUCACGGAAGAAAUCUCCACCUGAGACACUUACUAAAGAAACCAGAGACUUUCUGAAAGAAGUGACAGCAGAACUACAGGAGUGUGUACUUGCAGUGGUCCUUAUACAGGAACUGGAGAGUUGUAUAUCAACCGAUAUUAAAGACCAAAUUGAAUUGGAAUAUGAAAUUAAAGGGAACAAGGCUGCUGUGAAUAGUUUACUUUGUCAUCUUGCAUUGAGUGAGCACUGGCAGUUGAGACUAACUGAAGCUUUACUCAGUUCCAGCAUCAACCUACCUGACUUAGCUGAGAAAGUGAAACGGUCCCAAGAAGAUCUGGUGUCUAAGAAUUACCAUUUUAGUAACGAGUACAGCUGUAGGAAAAAUAAUAAUAACCACAAUAAAAAUACUUACAAGUCACUGCAAAAAGAGGUGAGCAGAAAGUGGAGUAUUCCAGAUGAAUCUAAAUGGGAAUCCAUUCUACCAAACCUACUUGGGCCCCUGAAACGAUUGGACCAAGAAUACCCUGAAAGCUGGAGACUGUUGGCUUUACAUCUUGGCUACAGUUUGGAAGAAGUAUCACAACUUGAAGACUUAAGAUUGAAAACUGAUUCAGGUAGCUCUCUGGUUAAUCUUAUUUACAACUGGCUUACACAUACUAAAUCUGAUAUAGAUACUUUGUUAAUUGCACUUGGGAAAAUGCAGGAUGCACAAGAGGUACUGAACAACACUCAUGUAAGUGAACACAUGCCAUACUCUGUUCCAUUUGUCGAAGGAAAUAUGGAACCUCUAGUAGGCGAUGGGCAGAAAUUAAACUCUGCUCCUGGCUUGCUACACAACAGAAAAUUCCAGAAUAUUCAGCAUGAGGCUGGUAAAGAUAGUGCCCUGGAUGCUAAACAUACAUUAGACAGCAGCAAGACAAUAAACGCUGCAUCGCUUGAUGCAGACAAUAAUAAUGAUUUACAAGAGCAUAGAUUCACGUCAAAUGCUGUCUUCCUUGAUACUGAUGCUAAGAAUAUAUCUCACUAUAAUGAUGCUGUCCCAAAUCAUAGUUCUUCCAGUGGUGAUAGCGAUAUUAAAUAUGAACAAAAGCCAGAAGCAGCUUCAGAAGAGCUGUAUGGUAAGGAUCUGUCCCAAGUGAGCACCGAUACAUCAGAAUAUGAAUCCAAAAUUCUACAGAGGAAUGAAGCAACACUUAAUAUUCCUAAUUUUAAUCAAGUUCCUGAGAAUUGGUCCGUCAGGGAUGACCUUCAAUCUGAUAGGAAUCUUGUUUCACCAACUUUGACACCACUGCUUCCAUCAAGUUCAGUCAUUGGACCAAUGGUAACUCCAGAUUAUUCAACAUCUCCUAGUUACUCAAAGGAGUCAUUGCCAUCAUCAUCGUCAUCAUCAUCAUCUACCAAGCAGGAAACUCCUGAAAUGUCUAAUUUUUAUUCCAACACUAGUUCUUCUGAAACAUCGCUUUCAAGUCCAUUUUUUGGUAAGGACUCUGUUUCAGGUUCAAAGUCUAGUUCCUCAAUUCCUCAGACCAACAGCAUGAGUCCUUUUGUUUACUCCAACACACCUAAGCCUAAAGAAGCUCAGGAACUGAAUGAAAAUGAUACCAUAAACCAAAACAGUGUCUUAUUAGAAAGUAAAUUGUCAAGUUCCAAUGAUGUUCUUGAAGACUCUGAUAAAACUAUUACACCCGAUGCUGAAAAUGUUGCUAAAAUCAUUUCGGAAAUUCCAUCAGAAAGUGUAAAACCAUCUGGAGAGACUACUUCAACACCUGAUCACCAUACUGAGGAUAGUUCUGAUGUUAGAGCAGAAAUAUUGGAGCCAACAGUUCCUGAAAGUGGCUUCCAAAAUAUAGCAUCAGAUGCUUCAAGCAUCUCUGAGGUAAACGUAAUGAAAACUGAAGGGUCAGUUGAAUUGAGUAAAGGAGAUAGUGUGGCUGCAUUUCAGAGUCAAAUGUCUGGGGAUACUGCCAGGGAUCAUUCUGAAAAAACGAGCCCAAAAGAUGGUUUCCAGGAUGAAAUAUCUCUGGAAACUAAGACUACAGUUCCUGAGGAAACUCAGCAUGAGAACGUUUUCUCUGAAACAUCACAUGAUAGAGAAACACCUUCCUCGGUGGCUCAGAAAAUCUUGUCUGAAGAGGCCAAUGCUUUGGAUUCAGGAUUUGAAAGCAAACGUGAAGCCGAAGUAACAGACUCUGUGAAUACAGUUGAUGUAUCAGAAACCGACUCUCAAGAAAUACUAGAUAAAGGCCUCAGCAAAUCUGAAGAAUCUCUAGUUACAGACAAACAUGGAAGUCACAUAGAGAAAUCUGCUUCUGAAAUUGUCGACUCAGCCAUUGAAGCAGCUAUUCAGAUGAAGACAAAGCAAGAGAACAAAGAAAAAGAAGAAUCUGUCUCAAAGAUAGACUUCAAGCGUCAUUUCACUCCCCAAAAUAUCAGUUACUUUGUUUUGGGAGCUGCCAUUUUUAGUACCACAUUGAUUUUACUGAAUAAGUUUUGGAAAUAAAGGAAGAAAUGGGACCUGAAGAAGGUUAGCUUUUAUGAGUUUCUAUAUCUAUGGCAAUAUUCUGUAGUUUAGUAUAAUGUAACAGUGAGAUAUUAUUAAACUAAUCAAACUUUUCUUUUAAUCCUUUCAUGGCUUUGGGUUUAGUCAAAAUUAAGAUAGUUAAUCUAUUUAUAAAUCCACAUGUGUGUUUUAUAUAUAUAUAUAUAUAUAUAUAUAUUUGUUUCAGUCUAAAUCUAGUUAGUUUUCUAGAUUCAGUUUAAAUUAUUUACAUUGCUGUUUUAUUUGCAGACUUUCUUAUUAAAAACAAAAGAAUACUAUAUUAGUUUUAUUUGAGUAGGCAUUAACAACUUUUUGUAAGGUCAGGGUAGAGGUGAAGUAGGUUGAUUGACUCAAUCUCAGUUUAUUACUGAUACUUAUUUUAUUGAUUUGAGAUCAAUAAUCUAUGAAACUUGCUGUUUAACAAUAGUGAACUAUACUGCUUCUUCUCUUUUACAUGACACCCAUUGAAAGCUAAGUGAAUUGGCUUCAUUGAAAGUUAAGUCAGUUUGUUAGGGAAUACAGUAGUGUUGAAAAGACAAAAACUGUUAACCCUUUAACAUUUAAACCAGCCAUAUCCAGCUCAGAUGUUCUGUUUUAUGUUCAAACUGACCAGAUCCUGCUUCUUACACCAACACUACAAUGUCAUUCUAAAAAUAAACAAUCAUAUCAUCAAAAUCUUGAAGCUACAAGAUGAUGUAUGAUUAAUUCAUAAGAAUGUGAAUAAAUAAGCAUUAUAUUUGACAGAGUAAUUUGAAUGUGAAAGAGUUAAACUGUUUGCUGACACUCCACCAAUCCUGUUAGCUGCUGUACUCACUUCCCAUCAAAAUUCCUUCAAUACACGUGAGCUUGUAUAUAACAUGGCAGCUUCUUGUUUGGCAUUGACACAAUUUUCAGUAUGGCUGACGGUGCAGAGUAUUCCAUCGUGUGUGGAUGAAAAGUGAUGACAGGAUUGACUCGUUAUUGUGGCAACAGUCAGCACUGCUUGUGUAGAUCCAUGAUACUGAUGAAGAAUGAUAGCCUGUGUCUGUAUGAAUCCGUUUAGGAAAUCUAAACAAAGGACAGGUGGGUUGGUAGUGCCAUGAAAAAAAUACAUAGUCUGUUGAUGGAGAGCCCUUGUUGAGACCAUAAUGAUUGGGAGGAUUCACCAGUCCUUUCCUUAGCAUCAUAGCUGGGAUCAUUUGGUCUUACAUUGAAUAAAGGUUAAAGUCUUUGAAAUACCACUUUUUAAGGUUUGCAUCUUAAAAACAUGUAGCUUCCAUUCUGAAAGACAAUAUGGAGAUUGCUGGUUAGAUGGUACUAGUUUCAAUGGUUUAGAGACUCUUUGUAGAAAUUCUUUCACUGGUUGCAGUAACCAUUUUGUUCUUGAGUUCCUGAUUAAAAUAGAUAUUGGUUUAAUAACAACAACAGUAGGUUUGUGAAGAAGCCUUUUCUAAUACAUCUUGCCAUAGAUACAAUGCCAGUUCAUUACAAUUAAUAAUAGAGAUUUAUCUCAUUUGCUUAGCACGACAGAAACUAGAAGCAUCCCAUGGACAGAUAAACUUGGCGCUACUAUAUGAUUGUUAUAAUACAUUGUAAUUAAGUUUUGGACAAUGUAUUGUAAAUGACUAUUCCUGUACGACCACUAACUUCACAAUAGAGUGACUAAAAUCUUCAGGAUCCUAGUGAUCUUAUGUGAAAAAUUUAUAAUUUAAUUAUCUGAGUAAUUGCUAGCACACCAAACAAAAUGCUUAGUGGUAUUUCUUCCAGUUCUUUACAUUCUGAGUUCCAGUGUCACCAAGGUUAACUUUACCUUUUAUCCUUCUGGGGACAAUAAGAUAUCUUACCAGUUGAACACCAGAUUCAAUGUAAUUGACUUCUCUGUCCCUUAAAAAUUGCUGCCCUUGUACCAAAAAUUAGAAAGGAUUAUUAUUAUUAUUAUUAUUGACAAUUCCAAACUGCCUGUCAUCUUCCUAGUUUGAUAAGAUACAUACCAGACAAGUUGAUAUAGAACAAACAGAUGAAAGAAGUACUUUGUGGUUUCUAUUUACAAAUUUUUACAUUCUAAGUUCAAUUCCAACUGGGAUUGACUUCAUUUUUCAUUCCUUGGGGGAUUAAUAUAAAAUAAGUACCAGUAAUAUAUUGAGCUUAGUUCUGCUAAUUAUAUUUUCUUCCCUAAAAAAUUCUGUCCCUUACACUGAAAAUUAGCAAAGGAUUGUGGGUUGCCAAAUUGUUAACAUUGGGGAAAAUGCCUCAUGGCAUUUAGUUAUGGGUUUUUACAUUUUGAGCUUAAAUCCUCCUAAAGGUGACUUUGUCUUUCAUCUCUCUGGGGGUCAAUGAAAUAGUUAUGUUCUGCCUAUGUUAGAAAUCAUUAUCAAUAUUGAAUGGCACAAAUUGUAGUGCUCAUUAAAAUUUGUUUCUGUAUUUAAUUUUCAUUAAGAUAAUUUAAGUAUAAAUUUAUAAAACUGAUGGCUGUGAGGUUAAGAAGUUUGCUUCCCAACCAUGCAGUUCUGGGUUCAGUUCCACUGUGCCUCAUUGGACAAAUGUGUCUUUUACAAUAGCUUCUGGCUGACCAAAGCCUUGUGAGUGGAUUUGGUAGACAUGUAUGUCUCUGUCUUGACAUCAUGUGAUAAUUGUAAGUGAUCAUCACUGUCAUACAAGCAGUGUCUUUCAUUUCCAAUCUGUGAAAUCAUGUCUAGCCAUGGUAAAAUAUUCCUCUCUUAGAAACCUGUGAAAGUUGGUGACAGGAAGAAAGUCCAAUCAUAGAAAAUCUGACUCAUUGAAUUCCAUCUGAUCCAUGCAAGUAUAGAAAAGUAGAUGUUAAAAUGGUGAUAUACGGUAUAGAAUGUAUGGUGAUUGUAUUAGUGUAAGGAAUUAUUAUCAUUGAGAAACCAACUUUUUAUAAUUAUGAUGGUAAAAACUAGAAAAUCUUUUGAAUCUAAUAAAGAAGAAAAUUGUAAUUUGCUUGAAGCAUUGUGAUACAGAAGUAGAAUAACAAAUAAUGGAGAUGGAAAGCUUCUAACAAUGUGAAAUGGGGAAAGUUAAGUAACAUUUACAUGUUUCAGACCCAGAGACCUGUACAGCAAUCAACAUGGCAAGAUCUAAACUUAAUUUUUUUUAAGACAUUUACUUUUGAUGGUGACCAGAAAUAUGUCGAGGUAAUAAAUAACAGCAUGUAAAUAUUGGGUUGUAAAGCUCUUCUGGAUAGAAAUAGUCAAAGGCUGGCCCUUCUAUCCAAUGUUUAUGUGCUAUUGUAGCUCUAUGUCCUUCAAAAUCUACUGUUGCAAAAAAAAGAAUUAUUUCUCUUGAAAGUUUAUGAAAUUCUUAUAAUGUCAACAAUAUAAAGGUUACUUAACUUGCCCUUUUUGUAUUGUUAGAAGCCCCACUGUUUUCACCAUUUGUUAUUUUACUAUUGAAUCUAAUGUUUUUAGAUUGCACAAAUUUGUCUUGCUUCUGUAACAAUUAUCUUCAGCAACUAACAACUAUCUCUCACUCUCAUUUCGAUAUCAAUUCACUUAUCGGACAUUUUCUAUUUCGGAGAGAUUUCCUUCAUCCUAUUGUUCUAACAGAUCGGUAAUCUCAAACCCAACUCACUUUUUCUUGAUUUACAUCUGUAGGAUCAUAUGGUUUUCUAAAUAUCUGGAGGACAUCUUGUAGUUGCAGAUCAGCUUUCCACAUGCACACACAAUAACACUCUAGACCAGGGGGUUCUUAACCAUUUUUUUUUUAAUCUAUGAACCCCUUUGAUUACUAUUUUAUUCUGGUGGACCCCAUAGCCAUUUGAUGUUUAAAAACUAGUUUUAUAGAUAUUUCUUUCAAAAUUCCUAUUUUGUUUUUCAAGCAUUAACUCAUGUAGGUUGAACUAUGUAAAAUAUUAGAGAAAGAAACCUCGCUGUUUCUUGCAAUACAUACAUCUAAAGCAAAAUAUUUUUAGAGGCCCUUCAAAUUCUAUUGUGGAUCCCCAAUUUACUAUUUUGUUAGUGGACCCCAGUUGAGAAACACUACACUAUACAUACUACACAUACACUAUACAUGCACACAUGUAUACACUAAAUGUACAUACCGAAUCAUAAAUUAACAUGAAAUUUUGACAGAAGGUUUUAUUUACAUUAAGUUUGUCACAUAGAAUCAGGGACAGUCUUGAGUGGGUUGGUAUCAAAAGUGUUAAAUAAUCCUAUUUUUGAAGCUGCACUUACAUGUACACAUGUAUUUUAUUCACCCAUUUUCUCUGCCUACUAUUCCUGGAAAGAUUGUCAGGGUGGAGUCCUGAAGCACUUCCUCCAUAGGGUCCUAUCAGAAGCAACUAUCAUUACACUUUCUAGCUUGAUUCCCAAGCCUGACCAACUGAUAUUAUCAAACCAUCUCUUUCUUUAGCUACCCUUAGGUGUCUUGCCUGUUAGCUCGGCUUGAAGGAUCUCUCUAGCAAUUCUAAUCAAAUGUCCGUAGCACUGAAGCUGUGAUCUCUCAAUGUGGAGAAGUAGCAGCUCAUCCUGGAGAGACUCCCCUCAUCUUAAUGCUGUGCACUCUCUCAAGUAACAUUACUUCAGAUUUUAGUUUGACGUAGAUACCUGUAGAUUCUUAUAACAUGUUAUUACUGGGGGAUUUUGUAUUUUUUUUUUCUUUGAGUCCUUUGGUUGUUACAAAUUGGCCACCACUGACAAUGUAGCUAAAUAUUGUUUAAUCUAUAAUUUGUUUCUGCAGGUUUGCAAUGACAGUGAAUUGUUUUGUUUUAAAUUGACCUAAGUCCAGGGUUAUAAAAGGGACAAGUUUAGGUAUAAUAGUUGAUUACUGGAAAAUUUGAAGUACUUUUGGGUGGGAAUACUCAUACUAUGGGACAUUUUUUUUUUCAUAAAAAUUGUAUUUUAUUUGUGUGUAUAGUACUUUGAUUUGAAUAUAUAUUAGUGUAUGUUUAUAUACAUAUGUACAUGUUGAUUCAGCUGCAUAUGCAAGGGAAUGUUUAUAUAUAAUACUCAAUUGAAUCAACACCAAUUUAUCACUACUAUUUAAUAAUUUAUUGACCCUUUAAAGUCUGAGAUGAUAAUGAUCCUGGCAUGAUUUGAAAUAUAACCAAAUGUAGAGAUUUGCCAUUUUAUGUUGGAGAAUAAAGGUGGGUAGUGGGGCUUAGUCUAGUACAAUCGACACCUAAUUGUGACUGUAAUGAGAAUGUUUACCUAAACGCUUCCUUGUUAGAAGAGAAGUGAAAAUUACUUUUGUGGGAUUGGAACGUGAAAUUUUAUGGUAUUUUAGGGGUGGGAGGUAAAGUGAUAUUUUUAUCUUUUCUGUUUUACUGGUUUCAGUCAUUAGAUGUGGCCCUGUGUGGCACACCACAUUGAAGGGUUUAGUCAAAUCAGCCCCAGUAUAUAUUUUUUUAAGCAUUGUUAAAUUACGGGGACAUAAACAAACUAACACUGGUAGUCAAGAGGUAGGGAACAAAGACACAGGUAUGUGUAUGUAUAACAGGCUUCUUUCAGUUUCCAUGGUAAAAGACUCUUGCCCAAGCUACUAUGCAAUGGGACUGAACCGUGAACCAUGUCGUUAGGAAGCAAAAGUCUUACCACAACUGUGUAUAUCUUUGCCAUGAACUUUGAUGAUUUAAAAUGCUAACAGGAAAAUGAAACUGCAUCAAAGAUGAACCUCUAAGAUAUGAAAAUGUUUUUUUUCUUUUUUGUUUGUUCUAAAAGACACAAGCAAUGGCUGUAUGGUUAAGAAGCUCACUUUGCGACCAUGUAGUCUUGGGUUUGGUCCCCACUGCACGACACCUUGGUCAAGUGUCUUCUAUUUAAGCCCCUUGCCAACCAAUUUUGGUGAGAGGGUGUCUGUUGAUUAUAUUGACUCAAGUGCUCGACUGGGACUUAUUUCAUUAACCCCGUAGUGAGGUAAGACAAAACUGACCUUGGUGGAAUUUGAUCGCGAAACAGAAGGAGUUGGAAGAAAUAUCACAAAGCAGUUUUUUUGGAUGCUCUCAUAAUUCUGCCAGCUCAAAGCCUUAAUAAUAAUAAUAAUAAUGAUAAUUCUUUCUACUAAAACAAAAGGUCUGGAAUUUGGGGUGGGUUGGGACAGGAGCUAAUAAAUUACAUCAAUCCCCAGUCCUCAACUGGUACCUAUUCUAUUGAUUCUGAAAUGAUAUAAAACAAAGUCAACCUCAGUGGAAUUUGAACUCUGAACAUUAAGAGUCAGAUGAAAUACUGCAAAGCAUUUUUUUUUCAGAUGCUCUAACAAUUCUGCCAACUCACUACCUUAAUAAUAAUAAUAACAAUUAUGAUGAUGGUGAUGAUUUCCAAUAAUUUUUUGAACUGUGAGAAAACAGUUUUCUUUUUUUCUGAAAUAAAACAGUUUGUUUCUUUCUGAUGUUAAAACAAUUAAAUUAAAAAUAAAUUUAAAAAAAAAAAAAACACAGAAAACCAUGUAUAUUUGCAUAAUGAUAAUAAAACUUUUCUGAUGAAAAUAAUUUUUAAAAA